GACCGGUAAAAUUAUCUCCUCCCAGCUGGUAGCUGAAGGCAAAAUGUCCUAUACAUCUCCAUUGCUGAUAAACUUAGCUUCAGGUGUGUUGGGUCUGCUUUAUGGGACUGGUGAUGAGACUCAUCCCGGUGGUCUCUAUCUGGCCCGCCUCGAUGAUCUACUUGGCGGCCGGUUUUCACAGCAAGUAAGUACAGCCUGUAAUACAUGUGACUUAAGUGACCACCUAUAA